GUCCGAGACAGCGACCGCGCAGGCGCCUUCCGGGACCCGAAGGAGGGCGGGAAGGCCUGGCCGCCGUGCACAACCCGCGGAGGCGCACAGCUUUGCAGACUUAGGCCUGGUUCUUUCUUCUGGAGGUGCAUGCCUGGGACCCAGCAAUGGCCAUCAGGACCCUGACGGGCAAAGGCCAGGAAUCGGUGACCUUCAAAGACGUGGCUGUGGACUUCACCCUGGAGGAGUGGGGCCAGCUGGGGCCUGGCCAGAGGGAGCUGUAUCGGGAUGUGAUGCUGGAGAACUACCAGAACCUUCUCUCGCUGGGGGCAGGGCUUCCUGGGUCCAAACCCGAUGUGAUCUCCCGUCUGGAGCGAGGGGAAGAGCCCAGGAUGGAGAGGAGAGAAGCCUGGCGAGUUACCUGUUCAGACUUGGAGACAAACUCUGAAACUACUCAGGAGACACUUCCAAAAAAGAGUAUUUCCAAAGACGUGGCUUCCCCAAUGGGAAAGAUGGAGGGCAUUUUAAGGGCAGUGCUUGGAGACACCAAGUUGGGGGACUCCUGGACAUGCGGCCGUCAACUGGGAGACCAGGGAAAGCAGGAGAGGCGUUUGAGAUGGUUCUUUACUACUCCCGAGGAAAACACCCAUGGUGAGUUGAGACACUUCAGGCAGACCUCAGCUUUCGUUGGGAAGCAAAGAGUGCCUGGGGGAGAGGAUCCUCAGAAGUGGACCAGGUCAAGAAAGAGCCUGAAACACCAAAGGAAACCAUUUAACUGCACGGAAUGUGGGAAAGCCUUCAUCUACCAUUCGGAUUAUGUCCUACACCAGAGAAUUCACACUGGAGAGAAGCCCUACAAGUGUAACGAGUGCGGGAAAGCAUUCAGCAACAGCUCAUAUUUCAUCCAGCACCACAUCAUCCACACAGGAGAGAAGCCCUACGCCUGCAACGAAUGUGGCAAGACCUUUACCCAGAGCUCAUCGCUCACUGAGCAUCAGAGGAUCCACACUGGAGAGAAACCCUACAAAUGCAAGGAAUGUGGGAAAGCCUUCACCCAGAGCUCCUCCCUCAUCAAACACCAGCGAUGCCAUACUGGGGAGAAACCCUAUAAAUGCAACCAGUGUGGGAAGUUCUACUCCCAGGUGUCCCACCUCACCCGCCACCAGAAAAUACACACAGGGGAGAAGCCCUACAAAUGCAGUGAGUGUGGCAAGGCUUUCUGUCACACCUCCUCCCUGACUCAGCACCAGACAAUCCACACUGGUGAGAAACCCUACAAGUGUAACGAGUGUGGGAAAACCUUCAGCCACAGCUCGUCACUGACCCAGCACCAGCGAGUCCACACUGGAGAGAAACCUUACGAGUGCCCCGAGUGUGGCAAAGCCUUUAGCCACAGUUCAUCCCUGACUCAGCAUCAGAGAAUUCAUACUGGUGAGAAGCCCUAUGAGUGUCAUGAGUGCGGGAAGGCUUACACGCAGAUCUCCCACCUCAUGAGGCACCAGAGCGUUCACGUGGGGGAGAAACCCUAUAUAUGUAAUGAGUGUGGAAAGGCUUUCAGUCACACCUCCUCCUUUACUCAACAUCAGACGAUCCACACUGGUGAGAAACCCUACAAGUGUAACGAAUGCGGGAAAACCUUCAGCCAGAACUCCUCACUUAUGCGCCACCAGAGAAUUCACACCGGGGAGAAGCCCUAUGAGUGUACAAUUUGCGGGAGAGCCUACACCCAGAUUUCCCACCUCAUCCAACACCAGAGGACUCACACCGGAGAGAAACCUUAUGAGUGCAGUGAGUGUGGGAAAGCCUUCAGCCGGAGCGCCCAUCUCAUCGAGCAUCAGAAGAUCCACACGGGCGAGAAACCCUAUAAGUGUAAGGAGUGUGGGAAAACAUUCAGUCACAACUCAUCCCUAACUCAACAUCAGAGGAUUCACACUGGCGAGAAACCCUACACCUGUAAGGAAUGCGGGAAAGCCUUCAAUCAAAGUAUCCACCUCAUUCAGCAUCAGAGGAUUCAUACCGGGGAGAGGCCCUACAAAUGUAAGAACUGUGGGAAAACCUAUGCCCAGAUUUCACACCUCGUUCAACACCAGAAAGUUCAUAUGGGUGGCAAGCGCUAUGCAUGUAAAGAAUGCGGAGAGGAUUUCAGCUGGGGUUCACACCUGGCCGAACAUCAGAGACUUCACACUGUGCAUGAUGGCUAUGUCUGCGGUAAUUUUGAGAAAGCCUUUGCUUGGAACAUGCAGCUUAGUGAUCAUCAGAGAACUCAUGCUGACUAGAGAGCCUGAGAAUGAAACAAACUGGUGAUUCUUCUGCUGGGUUCCGUUCAGCCUUCAUCAGCAGUAGAAGCUUCUUCCCAGAGAGGAGCCAUAACACUAUAUAUUGAGAUAGUUGGUUCCUUUUUUGCCUCCUAGAAGGAGGAUGGCACUGUUUAUCACCAGCAGAGACAGCUUCUGAUCAUUUAAAGGGCUCCCCCCUAAAAUCUAAGCUUCCCCCCCAUUUCUCAACCCUACAACGUCCCUGGAUGGUGGUAGGUAUGGGGUGGUCUACAUAGGAUGCAACUUCAUCUCGGAUCUUUAAUAAGGUCUCUCUGAGCUUUUAAAAUUUAUUCAUUAUGUGUUAAAUUGGAGCCUGGAAAUUCAAGAAAAAACAAACACAGCUGGAAAGAUUCAUUUGUUAGAGUAAAAGUCACAAAUAUAUGUAACUAAAGAUAAAUGCCAGGUGAUUUUAGUUUCCUUUAAAACUUUAAGCUACAAAUUUCACUGAAAAAUCUGCAGUUGGCUUAAACAUGGAAUAUGUUUCACAUAUUUCCAGCCAUUUCUUAUGUCCUAUUGUUUCUGUCUUUUCCACUUCCAGGAAUUGUGCUUUACAAAGUAAUUGCCCUGUUAGACAUCAUUUUCUGAUUUUAGUCAUGCUCAAAAGGAGGUUUUUAUUCCCUCAUAUUUUUGAAACAUAGUAUUUUCUAUUAGAAAAAUAAUACAUACACUUUUAUAACAGGAAAAAAUUUAAAGUAGAAUAAGAUAAGCUUAUUUUAAAGGAUAAUUUGAAAAGUGUAGAGAAGUAUGAACUAAAAUACCAAUUCCCCAUAAUCCCACAGGCCAGAGAGACCCACUAGUCAUUUUUGGGUCUAUGUCUUUCUGGUUUCGUUUCACUCUGUAUUCCAUAUCCAUAUUUUUUAAUGUUGAAAAUUUUGGAUCAUAAAACAAAAAGCUAUAUACUCACCUACAACUUGGCCAUCCUCAGAAGUCAGGUUGUUUUGAUUUUUUUCAUCUUUCCUUCUGAAUAUCAUUUUAAAAUAAGUGUUACUUUAUUUAAUUGUAAUCAGAAACAAUUUUGGCUUCUCUGUUUUGCCCUCACUAUACCAUGACAUUGUCCUUUGUCACCACGUAAACUCCAUCCUCAUCAUUAUUAGGGCUAACGAUGUUUCAUUGGUGGGCAUAGAAUAAUCUAUAAAUCCAUGCCCCCAUUUAGACUUUGCUCUAAGCCCCAGAUUGACACAGGUUAUUCACCAAUUUUCCCAAUUAUGAACCAUGUAAUAAUGAGCAUUUCCAUGCUAACUUCCUCUCUCCUUUUGGGGGGAUUAUUUCUCUAAGUCAAAUUCCCAGGAUGGGAAUAACAGAAUCAAGACUCUAACCAUUUUCUUGGUUCCUGGAACAUAUUGUUAAAUUGCUUUCUAAAGGGGCUGGACCUAAUCUACCUGGAGCAAGCUAGGGAGUGAGGACUACAGUUCUGUUACAUUAUAACCAACACUGAACAUCAAUCAUAUAAUGUUUUCCCAUGUCAAACAUAUAAAAUGGCUAGUGAUUUCAGUAACUUACUGUGUGCCAAUUUUGUGCUAAGUCCUUGGUACGUGUGAACUCCUUUCAUUCUUCAAACAACCACAUAUGUUCAGGGCUGUAUUAUCCCAUUUCACAGAUGAGGAUACCGAGGCAUGCUGAUAAUGUAGACAAAGCCCCACAGCUAUGAGGUCAUGGAGCCUGAACUCAAGGUCAAGUAGUCAAGCUCCAGGAGCUAUGCAUUGAACUUCUAUUGGGAUUGAACACAUUUCACAUAUAACAUUUCCUUCCUAAAAUAAUGUUUAUUAUCUUAUUAUAAAAACCAAUACAUGCUUUUUAUAAAAAAUUUACAAGAUCCAAGAAAUCCAGAAGAUUUUACGCAAAGGCCAGUGCUACCCAGAGAUAACUCUUAACAUUUUGGUAUACUUCUGCUAUUUUUAAAACUUAAUCACCGUAUUAUAAUGCUUUAAUAAAUCUGGGACAUAGUUAAUAUACAGUUUAGCAUACUUCUGUGUUUACUUAACUUUAUAUCACAGGCCCCUAUCAUUAAAUAUGAUUUAUCGAUAUCAUUAAAUACCCACGUCAUUAAAUAAUCUUUAACAACCUGAUGUUUGGGGGCUUUGCAUAGUUUGUGUUUAGUAGUAGCCAGUCCCCUGUUGGAUACUUUGGUUGCUUCCAGUUUUUGACUUUUAUAAACAUCCCUUCUACUGAAGUCUUAGGCUGAGCACCCUACCAGCUCCCAAGUAGAAUCCUGGCAGGGAGUCUGUGGGGUCAAAGAGAACAUUUUAAUGACCCUGUGCACAUAGUUAAUGGCUUCCUGAAAUUUCUGCAUCUGAUUGGCAGUGGAUGGGACUGCAUCUCACCAACAUCAUCACUGGUAGUUACCAUGUUUAAAAGUCUUUGCUCAGGUAUUUCUUCUGUGACUUCCUUCAUGGUUGAUGAAAUACUCGUUUAUUGUGAAUAAUUCAAACAACACAAGAAUGAAGAACACUAUGGCUCUCUAUAAAUCUUCAUUCCAAAGAUUCUAGACUGUUUUCUGUUGUUUCUCCCUUUCUGUUGGUAUGAAAUAUAUAUGUACAUAAAAUAUUAUUUAUAUGGCAUAACCACAGACGUGAUUUUAAGUGACUUUUUUCACUUGAUAUAAUAUUAAUAUUUUCCCAUGACAAUCAAUCCAAAAUAUAUAUAUAGUACAUAUUGUACAAAAAUAUAUACACAUGUAUAUAUGUAUAUAUAUAUAUGUAUCAUCAUUUGCCACUUUUAACAGCUGCAUAAUAGUUCAUGCUAGAGUUUCUUGAAUUUAUUUAACCAAAUUCUAUUAAUGAGCAUUUGGGUUGUUUUAUUUUCUUUUCCAUCAUUGGACAUAUAUUAUUUGACACUUGUGCAAAUUAUCUCCAUAAGAUGAAUUCCUAGAAGUAAUCUUGUGGGAUCAUAGAAUGUCCAUGUUUAAAAUUUUAAUAGUUAUUGCUAAAUAAUCCUCCAAAAAAGGAUGACCCAAUUUACAAAACUCCUGAAAGUGUACAUGAGUGCCUAUUUCUUUCCUCCACUUCCUUCACAAAUACUCGGUAUUAGUCUUUUAUUAUUUUUAACAUUUCUCAUCUAAUAAGUAAAAAUGUCCUAUUGGUAGGGAGAUUAAUGAUCUUCUUAUGCCUUUAUUGAUGUUUUGCCUUCUUCAAAUUGCUUAUUUAUAUAUUUUGCCCAUUUUUAAUUGGGCUGCCUUUUUGUAUUGAUUUAUAGGAGCAAGUCUAUGUAUUACAUAUACUAACUCUUUGGUAUAUACAUUACUAAUAUUUUCUGCCAGUUUAUUAUUUCUCUUCCAGUUUUGUUUAUGGUGUAUUUUGCUAUACAGAAUUUUAAACUUUUUAGGUAUUCAACUCUAUCUGUAUUUUCUUUUAUAGUUCUUGGACCAGCUUCACACUAAGAAAAACCUGCCUCACCCCCCCAGGAUUAUGAAGAAAGUUCUAUAUUUUAUUCUAGUACUGUUACGAUUUUUUAACAAGUAAAUGUUUAUUCCUUCUGCAUUUUUAUGGCUUAUGGUAUAAAAUUUCAGUUCCUAGAGGCCACCUGCAUUCCUUGGCUUGUGGCCCCUUCAUCCUCAAAGCCAGCAGUGUAGCAUCUUUAAAUCACCCAUCCUAAUAUAUUCCACCAUAUAUGUAAAUUUCUCCGCACACUUGGUCCACUCCCUUCUCGAAGAUUCACCCCUCCUGUACUAACAUACUGACGUAGAAUAAUUGAAUUCUUAGUCUAAGAGAACCUAAUUUUGAAUCUUGCCUUUGCCAUUGCCUUGCUGUCUGAUCCAGUUUCUUCAUAUUUUAAAUGAGAAUAAUAAGCUAUAUUACAAAAGAUGUUUUAGGUUUCAAAUAACAGAAAACUUAAAAGAGUUCAAACAAGAAAGACAGUUUACUAGCUCAAGUAGCCAAAAGGACCAAAACAAGGCAUUCAUCUUGUUUAUCCUAGUAUUUCAGGAUGCCUUCAGUGGCAAUUAAGAGAAAACCCCAACUCAACCUCACAAACACUAGGAAGAAGAAAUCUACAGGUAAGGCAAGCUCCACCUGCUAUACAUUAAUAUUUCCCUACAAUUUACUUGCGAUUUAUAUGGUUUUAUUUCACAAUUAUCUUCUCAAAUAAUUAUAUUGCCUGAUCACCUUUUCAUUCCUAUCUCAGCCACUUCCCUGUUUACUUCAUAGUACUUACCGUAAUUUCCUAUUAUAGGUCCCCUAUUUACUGCCUGCUCUGACUCCCUGAAGGCAGGUCCUUUGUGUCUGUCACCACUAUAUCUCCAGCGCCUAGAGCACUGCCUGGAACGUGGUAGGUUCUCAGAAAAUAGUCACUGACUGAUUGAUUUAUUUCAAGCCUGAGCCAUUCCCAUCCCCACUUGCACGGUAAGAGAAUGUUAGUUUCCCCACUCCCUCAAGGUAAGUAUAUCAUACAGCUUUAAAUUUUGGCCGGAUAUAUAAAUAAAGAUAGCAUUUUUCCUUUUUCUCUUCCUGGCGCUCUCCUACACAUCCCUCAAAGCUUUAUUCAAGACCCCUCCCCUGAGAAACCUUCCUCACAUCAACCCUUUCAGUCCCGCCCUACCCAGUUUUUCUCCCUUCUUUGUGCUGUAACACAUUUUUCAUUAAGUUUUAUGAGCAAAGCACGCUGUUUUGUUGAGCAUCCCUACUACUUAGAAACGCCUUUAAAGAAGACCCCUUGGGACUUCCUUGGUGGUGCAGUGGUUAAGAAUCCGCCUGCCAAUGCAGGGAACACGGGUUCGAGCCCUGGUCUGGGAAGAUCACACAUGCCGCGGAGCCCGUGCGCAACAACUACUGAGCCUGCGCUCUAGAGCCCGCGAGCCACAACUACUGAGCCCGCGUGCCACAACUACUGCAGCCCGCGUGCCACAACUACUGCAGCCCACGCGCCUAGAGCCCGAGCUCUGCAACAAGAGAAGCCACCGCAAUGAGAAGCCCGCGCACGGCAAGGAAGAGUAGCCUCCACUCGCCGCAACUAGAGAAAGCCUGCGCAGCAACGAAGACCCAAUGUAACCAAAAAUAAAUAAAUUUAUUUAUUUAUUUUAUAAAAUAAAUAAAGAGGGCCCCUCGCCUAGCGUCAGUGCUUGGACAGUUGUCAUGAAGCCAGGCUUCCGGAAUUGACGGUUGCCCUGACAACGGACGCGCGGUGGUUAGCUUUCAGAACGCAGCCUGUGAUUGGUCGAGAGGAAACGAACUGUGUAACCACCUUCUCCUUCACCACUCCGCCUACGGAAGAUAGAAGAAGCCUUUGACACCGCUGUACCCAAAGCGGAGGCCGCCCCGGAACUCCAGGGUUUCCUCCACCUUUGCCCUCAGAGAACCGUCGCCCUGAGGAGCCGGAAUCCCGCGAGGACCUGGGAAAUGUAGUUAGGGAGCCUGCGCAGGCGCAGAGGCAUUCAUGGCACAGGGGCUGCGCACUCCGCGGCACCGCCUUCGUGGGGACUGUCUGUGGGGGACCCACUCUCAGUCCAAGACCAAAUUGCCAGGUACUUCAGGAUACGAGUGUCCAUGACACUCAUUGUGUCCUCCCCGUCUUUGGCCAGAAGAGAGGCUCGGAGCGGUCUCGGAGUCUUAGGCCAUCUAGAGCAGGGGUUCCCAACCCUCUGGCUGGUGUACCCACCAGUCCAUGGCCUGUUAGGAACCGGGCGGCACAACAGGAGGUGAACAGCGAGCGAGCAAAACUUCAUCUGGGGCUCCCCACUGCUCUCAUUACCGCCUGAACCAUACCCCACCGCCCGCCACAGGUCAGUAGAAAACUUGUCUUCCACGAAACCGGUCCCUGGUGCCAAAAAGAUUAGGGACCGCUGAUCUAGAGGACAGAGGGGAAUGAGAAGCUGGGCGAGGCUGGGGCAUGCCGUCAAGGAGC